UUUGCGAUUAUUAUGUUCAACAAUAAUGCAAUAAAUAAAUACGAUUACAGAUUACAGGCCAUGAUACGGUUUUAUUUUGUGUUUGACAAAUUAUUUAGGCAAGAUAGGGCUAUCGCGCUUAUUUUAUCUCGAUCAAAUAAAUUCAGCACACCGUGAUACGUAGUCGACAUAACCACUUAAACCUGUGAAAGCCGCGCCCGCUGCGCACACGCAGACACGAUGAUUCGUUCAGCGGUGGUUAUCCUAGCGUUGGUGGCGGCGGCCGCGGCCCUGCCCGCCGAGCUGCCCGAUCCCGGGGAAUUAGUCUUCGUCCUGAACGAAGACGACUGGGAUGACUAUCUGGACGCUUGGCUCGCUAACGAGCAGCUGAAGUCGGGGGCGAACUUUACCAGCCACAACGGAGCUCGAAAUGGGUGUACCUUCAGAGUGAACGGAGACCUCGGGCAACCUCAGCCGGUGUACUUACGCGGAGGGAACUAUCUGGCCGCCGAUGGCAACUCCGGCCAGAUCCGGCUGAACUCGGGCGAGCAGGUCACCAUCGCCUGCACCGGCUCCGGCCGCACUAUCCAGCACCCCAACAUCGCGAGCUCGGGGCUCCAAACAGCUACUGCUACUUGUGCCAGUGACGACCUGGUGACCGGCAGCGGCUGGCUGAAUGGGAACGGCGCGUUCGGCGGAUUCACCUGCAGUGCUCACUCCUACCACGAUUCCAUCGGCACUAACAGCAGAUGCUACAACAAUAACUUACUUAUCCAGGUGGGUUUCAUUGUUAACGGGUGGCUGUAUCCACUGUACGUGUCUUGCUUCGACCAAAACCGCCUGGAGGUUCUGUACGUCGUCUACGAGCAGACUCCUGCUAACGCCGUCCACCAAACUGGCGUCGACCGCCCAAGUUGGCUAGCUGGCAGCUGGUUCCCCGGUGUGGCAGUGAACACCGCCUACACUCAAGUCCAGCAGAAGAUCGCCAUAGCUAACGCGGUCGGGCAAGCCCAGGCCGAUAAGUACGUCACGUCCACGCAGUUCCUGGCGCGCGGGCACUUGGCGGCCAAGUCCGACUACGUGUUCGCCACUGGCCAGCGGGCCACGUUUUGGUUCAUCAAUGCCGCCCCGCAGUGGCAACCGUUUAAUGCUGGCAAUUGGAACUGGUUGGAACAGAACGCUCGUGCUCGCAUCGGCGUUGCUGGCUACAACACAAUUAUUUACACUGGCACGUGGGGUGUGACGCAGCUGCGCGACGGCAACAACGUGCUGCAGGACAUCUACCUGCAUCGCGACGCCAACAACAACCCUCAGUUACCCGUACCGCUGUACUUUUACAAGGUGAUCUACGAUGAAUCUCGCCGCCUGGGCACCGCGUUCGUGAGCAUCAACAAUCCCUGGUACUCAGAAGCCGAGGUGCGUGCGCUGACGUUCUGCACGGACCGCUGCCGCAACAACGCCGCCUUUAGCUGGAUCGGCUGGCAGCCCGACCGCAUCGACCUGGGCUACAGCUUCUGCUGCGACGUCGACGAAUUCCGGAGGACGGUGCCCCACCUGCCCGCGUUCACUGUUAACGGGCUUUUGACAUAAGUGAUGGCCGCCUAUCUCACAAACUUUACUAUUGACAUAUUGAUUUAAACUAACACAAAUGUCACAUAUAAUUUUAAAACCGAAACGGGAAUUAAACGCGUUUUAACUUAGUUUUAUUAUUUCGCUUGACGUUUCGAUCCUGACAUUACUUUCGUGGUCACAGGCAGAUUCAGUGCCUGCCAAAUAAUAAGAGCGAUUUACCCCCUUAUUCAUAAAAUUUAGCAAUCUCUUACAAACCUCUGUUUUUGUUUCUUUCUAACAAACAGAAAUGUCAUGAUGACGAAUAGGGACCGUCGAUUAUCAACGUUUUGUUAGAUUUGACAAACGUUUAUGAAUAACGCCAUAGGGAGCGUGCAUAAACUGUAGGGGGCAGCACGGGAGACGUUUGUGAAGUUUAUUCCAAUGCAGAUGGCAAAACUUCUAUGCACAAGAAAACGUUAGAUGGCAGCACUUGCUUUGGCGUGAAGUGUCAAUGUGCAUGUUGAUGUUUCCGAUUCGAGCCACAAGAUGGCAGACCCUCCAAUGCGCACGGUCCCUAUAGGUAUACCUAAGUCUCGUUUCUGUUUUAAAAUGUUUACAAUUGAACCCGACACUGAUAAUGUCCUGUACAUUUCGGCGUCAGUAAUAACUGUAAUAAGUAAGGACCGGCAAUGUCCGGCGACAAUUACCAGCGUGUUGAAACAGGGGCAUAUUAUAACGUGUAAAUAUGUAAAUAAACGUUGAUGCGUA